AUGACUGUUGGUAUCUUGGUUGUAUCAGAAUCGGUUUCCAGGGGUUUAUCGACCGACAAGGUUGUUGACGCAUUGAAACAACACCUUGAUGGCUUUGAAUUGAAGGCUCACAAGGUUGUGCCAGACAAGAAGGAAGAUAUCCAGGCUGCAGUGGUGGACUGGGUGAAACAGGAUUUCAAGCUUAUCUUGACCGCUGGCGGAACCGGCUUCACCAAGACUGACAUCACACCAGAGGCCAUUGAGCCAUUGUUGGACAAAAAGGCGCCUGGACUGGUUCAUGCUAUGCUGUCCUUUUCUCUUCAAAUCACCCCUUUUGCCAUGCUUGCUCGGCCGGUAGCUGGUGUUCGCGGAGAAUCUUUGAUUAUCACGCUGCCCGGCUCGCCAAAGGGAGCCACGGAAAAUUUCCAGGCAAUCAAAGGGGUCAUUGGGCACGCACUUUCGCAACUGGGGAUUGAAAGCUCAAGAUUGCUGCACAAGGAGUCCGGUUCAGGCCAUCAUCAUCAUCAUCAUCAUCACCAUCAUCAUGGACACCUUGCCAAACACGAAUUGGUCGAUUCGGUCGUUGCGAGACAUCGAGUCUCGCCCUAUCCCACGAUCUCUGUUGAUGAAGCAUACUCAAGGAUCAGAGAGAACACGCCAGCUCCAGAAGUAAUCGAGCUGAGCAUUUUGGAUCCUCGUCUAGUGGGCAGCGUGGUUGCUGAAAAUGUUACUGCCCAGAUGGACGUUCCAAAUUUUCGCGCAAGUAUUGUGGACGGAUAUGCGAUGAUCAGCUCUGAUGGACCGGGUGUUUACCCUGUUGUUAGUGUUUCGCAUGCUUCCAAAAAUGACCAGAAAGAGCUGGUUGCAGGACAAAUCGCGAGAAUCACCACGGGGGCGCCGCUUCCUGAGGGAGCCGACGCCGUAGUGAUGGUCGAGGAAACACGACUAGUUGAAACCACUGAGGACGGGAGCGAGGAGAAGCUUGUUGAGAUACUGGCGAAAAACGUCAAGACAGGGGAGAACAUCAGGGCCAUUGGUUCUGACACCAGGAAGGACAGUUUGGUGCUCGCGAAAGGAUCAAGAAUCUCGCCAGGAGGAGGAGAAAUAGGGGCGUUGGCGAGCGUGGGGGUCAACAAAAUUAAAGUGUACCGCAAACCGGUGAUUGGGCUGCUAUCUACUGGAAAUGAACUGCAGGACGUGCAAACCGAAAAAUUGUUACAUUAUGGAGAAAUAUACGACAGCAACAGACCGACGCUAGUGUCCAUAGUGCAGAAUUGUGGGUACGAGUUAGUCGACCUCGGAAUAGCCUCAGAUACCAAGGAGUCUCUUAUCAAAAUUAUAAAGGACGCUGUGGACGUCAAAAAAAUUGAUUGUUUAAUUACCACUGGAGGAGUGUCCAUGGGAGAGCUUGACCUGCUAAAACCGACGAUCGAAAAUGAACUUCACGGUACAAUCCAUUUUGGACGUGUCAGAAUGAAGCCUGGCAAGCCAACAACUUUUGCAACAAUCGGCAAAUCCACCGUUGUCUUUGCUCUACCCGGUAAUCCUGCCUCUUCUUCUGUUUGCUACCAUCUAUUUGUCCUACCUUGUUUGUUGAAAUGGCAAGGACUUGAGCCAUCAGUUGGCCAAAAAUUGCCUACAGAGCCAAUUGUUAAGGUCAAGCUUGCAGAGGACUUGAAACUGGACCCACAACGUCCUGAAUACCAGCGGGUCAGCAUUUGUCAGUCAGACAUGGCUCUAGUUGCGAACUCUACAGGGUUCCAAAGAAGCAGCAACAUCGGAUCUUUUAAGAAGGCCAACGGACUUGUGUGUCUUCCUGCUGCCAGUGACUUCGGAAAAUCGGUAAUCGAAGCAGGGACGGUGGUGGACGCCAUUCUCAUCGACCAGAUCUAUGUGUGA